AUGGAGGCGGCGGCGGCUCUGGUAGCCCUGGGGGUCCUGCUGCUGGCGCGGCCCGGCCCGGGGGCCAGCCUGGAGCGGGGGGCCGCCAAGAUGUUCCUGGAGAAGUACGGCUACUUUGAUGAGCCAGCUCCUAAUGGACCCACUUCCGCGCAGUUCGCAGAAGCAGUGAGGGAGUUCCAGUGGGUGACCCACCUGCCGCUCAGCGGGGUCUUGGAUACUUCCACGGUCCACCAGAUGAACCUGCCACGGUGUGGUGUGAGUGAUGCAGAAAGCCACGCUGCCUGGGCCGAGCGGGUGCAUGCCCUGCUCUCCGGCAGACGGGCCAAGACGAGACGCAGGAAGCGCUACGCGCAGCAGGGUGGAAAGUGGUACAAGCGGCACCUGACCUACCGGAUCGUGAACUGGCCUUGGUAUCUGCCCCAGCACCAGGUGCGGCUGGCGGUGAAGGCAGCUUUCGAUCUCUGGAGCAACGUCUCAUCCUUGGUGUUCUGGGAGGUGCUGGACGGCCCUGCUGACAUCCGCCUGGCUUUCUUCCAUGGCGACCACAACGAUGGACUCAGCAACGCCUUCGAUGGGCCAGGGGGCGCCCUGGCACACGCGUUCUUCCCCCGCCGUGGGGAGGCGCACUUCGACAGCGACGAGCGAUGGUCCCUGCACAGCGGCAAGGGUCGCAACCUGUUUGUGGUGGUAGCGCACGAGAUCGGGCACACGCUGGGGCUGGAGCACUCACCCGUCAGGAGCGCCCUGAUGUCUCCCUAUUAUAAGAAGCUGGGCAAGGACUUUGUGCUGAGCUGGGACGACAUCCUUGCUGUCCAGAACCUGUACGGAAAGCCUUCCAAGGGCUCAGCCGUGCGGCUUCCUGGGAAGUUAUUUGCUCAUUUCCAGGACUGGAGCCCUGAUUUUCCAGGCGACGAUCAGCUGCAGGGGAGCCUUGGCUCUUAUUACUGCCAGUCCUUCUUUGACGCUAUCACCAUCGAUGCAGAUCACAACCUUUACAUCUUCAAAGGCCACCACUACUGGGUUGUGGCGAAGGGAGACAACGCCACCGACCCACAGCUGCUCCAGACCCGAUGGGCAGAGCUCCCAGCUGGCAUUGACGCGGCUGCUGUGUCGGAGGCAGACGGGAAAUUCUACUUCUUCAAAGGUGGCCGAUGCUGGCGAUACAAAGGGUCCGCCCUGGAGGCGGGAUUCCCCCAGAAGUGCAGCACUCGCCACCCCGACGCGGCCCUCUAUUUCCAGCAGCUCCGCCACCUGGUGCUUUUCAAGGGCCCCAAGUACUACGUGAUGAGCGAGGAGUCCCUGCAGGUGGAGCCCUACUACCCCAGGAGCCUGAGGGACUGGAACGGGGUCCCGGCCGGGGUGAAUGGCGCCCUGACACAGCAGGAUGGCUUCGUGUACUUCUUCAGGGAGGACCAGUACUGGAAGUUCGACCAGGCCAAGCUGCAGGUGGUGGCGACGGGAAAAUGGGCCGCCCAGCUGCCGUGGAUUGGCUGCUGGGGCAGGAAUUCCAGUCAGACUCUCUUCUGA